AUGCCAGAUGUGAAUUUUAAUUUAUUACAUGAUCAAGUUCUAGAUGUUGAUCCAGAUAUUAGAUUUAUGGCGUUAGAAGAUUUACGUAAAUCUUUAACUGAUGAAUCCAUAACUAUUAAUAAAAUGUCAAUGAAUAAUCAAUUAGAUAAAUUGAUACCAAAGAUAUUAAACAUGUUAAAUGAUGCCAAUCCAGAUGUACAAAAUCAAGCUAUAAAAUCAUUUGAACCAAUGAUAAAGUACUUAAAUAAUGAAUCAAUUUUCAAAUUAGUAAAGAAAUUGUUUCAAUUAGUUCAAUCAAACAAAAAUACGAGUAAUGAUUCAUCAAACCGAUCAAAUUUAAAAAGCUUUACGGUAUCAGUACCAAACAUGGCAUUAAGAUCAUUAUUUGCACAGUCUAACUCACGAGAUAAAUCUGAUUUUAUGUUGGAUAAACUAUCAUCUUCAAACUUUAAGUUUGAUAGACAGUUAUCAAAAUCUUUAAUGGAUUACUUGACUCCUCAAAUAUUGGAUGGUGAAACGACAAUUGAUAAUAUCGAAUUACUCAUUGAUCUAGUUAAUGAGUUGGGACACAUAUUAAAUCAAAAUGAACUAUUAAAAUUGGGGUCAUAUUUCAUUAAUGUAAGUUUUGCAGAACAGGGAAUUAUUGGUAAGAAGGCAAUUGUUGGAGUAGAAAGAGUAAUAGUGUUGAUUAAAACGACUGAAGCAAUUGAUCAAUUAUUGGAGUUAGUUUCAUCAAAAUUAUCCACUUCAAAUUCUAAAAACAAAGUGUAUGUAUUACUCCAAUUAUUUUCCGUGAUAUUACAAAGGAAUAUACGUCCAUCAAAUAUAGAUCUAAUUUACAAUAUCAUCAUUGAUAUAAUCGAAGCACCAACUAGUCAUGAAGUAGAUGAAGAUCUUGAUUAUGAUUUAUUGGAACAGCAAAAUGCAUUAAAAGAUGAAGCUUUCACAACACUUUUAGAUCUUAUCCAACAAAAUUUUCUACCUGCAGAACACAAAAACCAAAUAAUUUUAAUAAUAAAGAAAUACUUGAAAUAUGAUCCACUAAAUUCAGAGGAUGAUGAUUUUGAUAUUGAUGAAGAUGAUAUUGAAUUUAGUGAUGAUGAAAUUGAAGCAGUAGACGAAGAAGACUAUGAUGGUUCAUGGAAAGUAAGAGCUAAAGCUGCAAUUUUGAUAAGAGCUAUAUUGAAAAGUUUUCCUGAUACUUUAGAUGUCUUAUCAACUGAAAUAUUACCAUUAUUAAAUUUUCAAAAUUCAGACGAUCAAGUUACUUUGGAAAGUAUAAAAUCUUGCAUCUCCAUCAUUCAAGCCACUUCACCAAGAGAUGCACAAAAUUUACAAUCAUUAUCACCAAUAAUACGCAAUAGAUUGGCCGAUGUUAAAGAAGAUCAAUUACCAAUAUUUUUGAACCUUGUUGAAAGCCUAAACAGAUUCAAUAAUCAAUCAUUAGUUGAUACUACAUUUAACAUUUUGAACACCAGAGAUAUCGAUUCAUCAAGUUCAACAGAUUACUUACAGUUCUAUUCAAGUGUUUUGAAAUUUCAUGAUAAUUUGAAUGAUGAAACUAUUACUAGAAUUGCGAAAGAUCUUGCCACAAAUCUUAAUGAUAAAUCCUUCAAUAUGAUACAAGAAUCAUUAAAAUGUCUUAAAAUAUUAUUUUCACAUACAAAUCAAGUUCAAAAGAUUUCAAAUUUGGAUGAGAUCAUAGAUCUUUUGGUUGACAAAGUUAAAAAUAGUAAAAAUUAUUCAAGUGAUUUGGUUAGACUUUCAAUUUUAUGUCUUGGGGAAGCAUUAUCAAAUAACUUACAAAAUGAACAAGAAAUACUUGAAAUAUUAAAAUUAUCAUUAGUAUAUGAUGGAACAAGUAAAGUCACAAUCGAUGUUUUAAAUAAUUUAUAUUCUAUAAAACAAUUACCAUCUGAUUAUUCUUUAUUUAUCAUUGACAAAUUGGCCGAAAGUUAUAUACUAUCAAGCAACGAAGCAACUUCAUUAUCUGCUUUGGUUUUAUUAGACAAAGUGGUGAAACAAACUCAGCCUCAAAACGAUGAAUUGAUUAUUAAAAAUUUGAUUCAAUUGUUGCCUGUUACAAGUCCCUUGAAUUAUCAAUAUGUAUUUGAAAUUUUGAACAACUUAUCAUCAUCUUCCCAAAACGAAGCUGGAGCUCAUUUACUAGAGAUAAUUAUUAAACUAGUCAAUGAAAACAAAGUUGAAAUUAAUGAUCAAGCUUUUUUCAAUUUUAUCUAUAAAAUAUGUCAAUCAGAUUCAUCUAUUUAUCAACAAUUAGAAGCUUCAUUAAACAAAUCUUUAGAAAUUACACCAAAAAUACUAGCAUUAUGUGCUAAUGAUAGUGAUAAACAAACCUUAACAGCACAAAGAUUUGAUGAAUUAAAAACUUUCAAAAAUUAUAACGAUUCUCAUUUUGCAUUUAUUAUUCUAUUUUUGGGCUAUUCCCAACUUCAAAUCAAUGACUUAAGUGUUACCUCAAUUAUUGAAUUAUUACAAAAACCAGAUUUUACAAAUGAAAUCAAUAUACAAGCUGCAUCAACUGCUUUAGGUUUAAUCGCCAAAAGAGACAUCAAAUCAACUGUUCCAACAAUUUUGGAUGCCUACACUAAAGAAGAUAAUACUAUUGUACGUGGAUCAUUAGUCAAAUCAUUAAAACAAUUAAUCUCAUCCUGCACCCCACAACAAAGCUUACAGAUAUGGCAAACAAUUUUCAAUCUACCUACUAAAUUUGAUCAUUCAUCAAUUCCAGAGUUAAGAUCAUCUGGUGAGCUUUUAGGAACUAUUGCUUUUUCAAUUGGUGAAGAAACAAUCAAAAAAGUUGUUGAAAAUCAAACAGAUGAAAGAAGAAUUUAUUUAAUUUUAGUCAUAUCCAAAUCUUUAAUAAGCAAUUUAGAAAUUUCAAAUCAAAAUGAUAAAUUAUUGACAUAUUUGGUAAAAUCAUCAAUACCAUGGAUGGACAUAGUCGAUGUUGAUAUAAGACAAAUUGUUGUUGGAAAUUUAUUAACCGGUAUUCAUAGUAAACCUUCAAUAAUUGUACCAAUUUUAAAUCAAUUAGUUUUACCAAGUUUAUUUAAACAAUUAAAAUCAGAAGAUAAGUUCAAAAAGAUUAUUACAAUGGGCCCUUACAAGUAUGUUUUAGAUCAAGGUUUAGAAAUAAGAAAACUUUGCUAUGAAUUCAUAUACUCGGUAAUGGCUACAGAUCAAAAUUCAUUAGAUAAAUUUGAUAUCGAUUUACAAUUAAUAGCACAAAAGAUUGUUGAACGAGGAUUGUUGGAUGAACAAUCAGAUAUAAUAGUAUUAGCAUGUAUUAACUUGAUAAAUUUCUUUGACUUACAUGAACCAGAAGCAAGAGAGCUAAUUAAAAAUGACAAUGACACAGUAACAAAGUUAAUAUCAGGUUUAAAUACUCAACUAGCUAAAAAGCUAUCAGCGAAAGCAUCAUCACAAGAUACCGAAAAUCAUCAAGAAAGAAUAAAAUCAAUAAUAAAAUUAACCAAAAAAGUUAAUUUAGUAUUUGAAAAUAUGUCAAAUGAUUAUAAUGAACAUCAAUUGAAAUUUGAUUCUUGGAAUAAAUAUAAUUCCGAUGUUAAAGAAAAUUUCAACGUGUUUUAUAGUACAACUAAUGUUUAA